AAUCGAAAAGCUUUGCAGAGAAGAAAAAAAAAAAAAAAAUCGAAAAAAACUUUUCACUUGUCGCACUGUUCUCUGCUCAUGGCGAACAAUCCUUCUCAGCUUCUUCCAUCAGAGCUAAUCGAUAGGUGUGUAGGAUCGAAGAUAUGGGUUAUUAUGAAAGGAGAUAAGGAGCUUGUUGGUAUUCUCAAAGGCUUUGAUGUUUAUGUCAAUAUGGUUCUUGAAGAUGUCACUGAGUAUGAGAUUACAGCUGAAGGAAGACGGGUUACAAAGCUUGAUCAGAUUCUGCUCAAUGGAAAUAACAUAGCCAUUCUGGUGCCAGGGGGGUCUCCCGAAGAUGGAGAAUGAGAUUUGCAAAAGUUGCUUCGUGUGUUCAGAAUUGUGUGAGGAAGGAUGUAACUUUACUUUUGGUUUUUAGAUUAACUCUUCUUGUUCACAGAAACGUAGUAGUUGAUUUUAAUAACUCAGAAUGAAAAGUUGUCAUUGUUCAACAAUGUGAAAGAGCUAAAUCAUCAUAUUUAUUACGCUC